ACACAGGCAGCAGGGGAGAGAAAGGGAGCUGAAAAGCUGAAAGUAGCUUUUCCCUUCAGUGCUUAGUCUUCGCCUGCUGGUGUCGGCACACGGGGUGUUUAAGUGGCGUUUCACUUCCAAGGCAUUUAUCUCCAAAGCCAGUCCAGCAGCGACAGCGAUGAACUGGUCAGGAUUGGAGAAUCUGCUGAGCGGAGUCAAUAAGUACUCCACGGCGUUUGGGCGGAUUUGGCUGUCCAUGGUGUUCGUGUUCCGGGUGUUGGUGUUCGUGGUGGCAGCUCAGAGGGUGUGGGGUGACGAAAACAAAGACUUUGUGUGUAACACCCGACAGCCCGGCUGUACCAACGUCUGCUACGACCACAUCUUCCCCAUCUCCCACAUCCGCCUGUGGGCGCUGCAGCUCAUCUUUGUCACCUGCCCGUCUCUGAUGGUGAUGGCUCACGUGAAGCUCCGUGAAGGAAAGGACAAGAAAUACGUCGAGCUGCACCAGGGCUCGCACCUCUACGCCAACCCUGGCAAGAAGAGAGGAGGCCUAUGGUGGACGUAUCUGCUGAGUUUGAUCUUCAAAGCUGGAUUUGACUCAGCUUUUCUCUAUAUCCUGUUUCGGUUAUAUGAUGGAUACGACCUGCCCAGGUUGUCCAAGUGUCAGCUGUCGCCGUGCCCCAACACCGUUGACUGCUUUAUCAGCCGUCCGACGGAAAAAAAGAUCUUCAUGCUCUUCAUGGUCAUCUCCAGCGCGGUUUGCAUCCUCAUGUGUAUCCUCGAAAUGAUUUACCUCAUCGGCAAGCGCAUCAUGAAGAUAUUAAAGAUCCGACGUGAGAACGAGAGGCUCGUCUUCGCUGAGCAGCACGAGCUCACUACCAUUACUCCAUCCCGCUCUCAGUGCAGAAGCAGGAGAGAUCCGACACUGACCGACAGCGAGCUGGAGCUAAGCAAGAGGAAGGAUGCUAAAACUACAGUACUCUAGCAUUCUGCACGCUGCAAUCAUGGCUCGCCAACAGGAACAGAAAAUACCCAAUAAGACUACUGAAACUGAUCAAAAAGGGUUGUUCCUGUGGAUUAUGAUCCUCUCAUCCAGCUGCAUGUGAAACGUUCAUGAUGUCAGCUGGGUUAAAGAAAUGGCACCUAGAGCUGCUGACCGGAAAACACUGCUGAAGAAGAGGACUGUCAGCGGUCCGACAUCGCAUUUUUUCACUGUUUAUGCCACAAAGAUGCGAGGACAAACAUUCAGGUUAUUCCGUAUCAACAAGAUAAAUUAAAUGGAAUUUAAUUUUAGGUUAUUGAUUUAAGAAUCUGCAGCAAACGACGAUUUAAUUAAUUGUCUCACACCAUUGUAAAUAUUGCAGAUUACAACACUUGCUAUCUAAACCUGCACUGUGUAGUUUAACAUCUUUACACUGACAGAAAGGGGGUGUUUGGCUGGUUCGGACACUUAAGAUGUGUCACAGGAUGUGAAAUGAGUUUGAGAUUCCUGCUUUACACUAAGAUACAGCCCGGCUUGUUCUGCUCUGAGGUCUAAGGUGCAUUUAAUGCACAGUUUUUGUAGUAAAACUGCAACCCUGACAAAGAUCUAACAAUUUUGUAUAUAAUUCUAAAGAGUAAAAUAAUAUUCAAUGAAAUGUGUGUUAAUUAUAGACACGUCUAUUCUUGUGCUUUAAUAAGGCCACUGUAAUGUCACGGGGCAGCCAUGGAGGCAGGAGGUCUGUCCCCAGUUAAAAACAUCAGGUGUGGUUUUUAUUUCUGACUUUUCUGAUACUUAAACAGGAAAAUAUGUCAAAUGUAACCAAAGCUGUUGAUUUACUGAUCGAUCUACACUCCCACCAUCAUCCAUGGUCUCAUCUAUGCCCCAAAAAUUAGAUUGUGGAUAAGGCGUCUGGUCUCAUUAGACUAAAGUGCCAAGUAGGUGCCUUCUAAGUGAGGAGCAUGAGAUAAGAUCUUGGGGCACACUGGUGAGAUUAGAACAAGGGCAGGGACAGGAUGGGCUCCUCUGGUUAGCUUGGAGCAGCAGAUGAAUGGAUGGAUUUUUUUCCUGUGCUUGCUCUUGAUUAUCAAAUCUGGUGGUACCUAAAUGACAACAGAUGGGUGUAAAAACUGUGCCUUGGGCCCUUUGACCUUCAGGCAAAAAUGCCGGACUGCGAUAUCCAAAUUGUGGUCAGUAGUCCCCCUGCUGGACUCUACAGGUACUGCAGUUGAGUCCAAGAGUUAAGUUAAAGCCACAGAAUUUGAAAUAUGAUAUUUAAGUCAUUUUUUUUAUCUCACUUUUGGAAAGAAGUCAGUCGGAGUAGCUGUCAGGUGGUGGAAGCAACGUUUUACAGUAAAGGAGAAAAUAUCUGACUCUCACUAAGCGUUAUCAGAGCUGAAGUUUGGGAAUGGUUAGAAAGCAAACACAAGUGAUCUGCUGUUUUAGACACAUUUUUGCUGUGUGGCCUGUUAAGAUCAGCUUUCAUCAUCAGGUUUUAAAAUUUACCUUUAAUUACGGUUAUCAGAUUUUUACUAUUUAAAGUGGAGAGUGUGAACCUUAAGCUACAGUCUUUGUGUGAUUUUUACGAGACGUGUCUACUUUAAUCUCUCGUUUAAUCUUCGCACUCACUUCUGCUCUGACUAUGAGUCAGCUGGAAUGACAUGCUGUGGUCCAAGAUUAUUUUUUAUAUAAAUAACAGGCUGUUGUUGACAUUACAGUGAUAUAUUUAUCUGCUUGUAAUAAAAAAGAAAACUGAUUAUAAA